AUGGGGAGCAGAGGCAGUAACAAUUCUGUGCAACUGAGGAACUUCUGCAUAGCAGACUUGGAUGAGUUGUACGAGUGGUUGAGCGACGAACACGUCACGAAGUUCACGACUUGGGAGGCAAUCGAGAGCAAAGAGAGAGCCCAAGAGAUUCUUACCCCUGGUUCAAAGCCAUUUGUAUUAAUGGCAGAGCAAGGGCUGGCUACUCAAGCUGUUGAGAUUACGUUGAAGAAUGGAUUGAGUGAACUGAAAGGCGUGGAAAGAGUUGAAGGCCUUGUGGUUCAAGAGAAUGUUGCUUCUGCAAGAGUUCUUGAGAAGGCAGGAUUUCUCAACAAUGGCUUCUUCCCCAAGCACUUAGAGGCCUGA